AUGGGCUCUCUCAGCCAGAGCUCCCAUUCGCAGCUGGCAGCAUCGGGUCGUCUUCACGAGGCGGAUGUCUCGCGAUGCGUGGCCCAUCGAUUCACGACGAGCGCGAAAGCGUGGAUGGCGAACGGUGGCGAGGCGAGCGGCCCGGGACCGCUGAUCGAGCAGAUGAAAGCAAAAAUUCGCGUUGGGCUCGACGCACAGUUUGUCGACGUGGUGGACAUGUCCGGCGACGCCAGGCACGUGGGUAUCCAGGUGGUUGCGAAUGCAUUCGAGGGGAAGAACCCAGUCAACCGCCAGCGCAUGGUGUACAAGUGUAUCUGGGAGGAAAUGCAGACGGAUCGGGUUCACGCCGUUCAGAGAUGCGAGACCAAAACGCCUGCAGAGGCUGAGGCGAAGUAG